CUGGGUAACCCCACCUAUUGGCGCAUGUGUCUGGGUAAACACCACAUGAACUCAUCCCGGGACCUCCCUUCCCAUGAGGCCUGCUACAAGGUAGCCUCUUCCCUGUUGUAUCUAAGAUGUUGAACCAGGCAGCCCUGCCCAUCGUCCCCUUUGCCACCUGCAGUAAGCCAGCCUACUGGUGGGACACCCUGAGACCCUCUAUGAUCUGUGCCGGAUACGAGUCUCCAGACGAGCUCAAGUCAGCCUGCCAGGGUGACUCAGGUGGACCCUUCGCCUGCCAACCCUCAGCCUCAGACCCUUGGGAGGUCCACGGCAUCGUCAGCUUUGGCGCCUUUGGCUGUAUCAAGGACAAGAAACCCUCUGUGUUCACCAGAGUGUCCUCCUUCAACGACUGGAUCGAUGAUAACAUGAAGAGGUUCAUCUAUGAGAAGUCGCUAAACUAAAGCGAAAAUCACUGAUCUCAGAACUGUUGGGGGAUGUUGAUUUAGUUGCUACCUAACCACAGAUCUAGGAUCAGAUUAUAAUGACUCAUCUCAAAACUGUUUUGUCAGGUUGGAUAGUGUGGGUUGGAGUUGGAACCUAACCACAGAUCUAGGAUCAGAUUAGUUUAACCUGAUGCAUAACAUGAUCUAUUAGGUAGGUGGGAAAUGAUCCAAUCCUGUUAGGGCAGAUUGAUCCUACCGUCUACACUCAUUAAGGUUUAACACUACAGUAUUUAUACACUGCAGGCCCCAUAUAUUUCAGUCAUUUAGCAGAUGCUCUUACCCAGUGUGACUUAAAGGAGCAAUUAGGGUUAAGUGCCUUGCUCAUGGGCACAUCGGCUGAUACAGUAUUUCACCUAUUCGGCUUGGGGUUUCAAACCUGGCCCAACGCUCUUAGCCGCCAGGCUACCUGCCACUCCAGUAGGGAGGUCUAAUACACUGCUGCACCACAGUACCUUAUGGACAUUAGGAUUAUACUGUGUAUACCAGUACAGAUGAUUGAGGGAAUACUUUUCGCAUAAUGUCUGCAUAUCAAACUCCUAUUCUCACCACGUAGAAAUAAUGUAAGUAAUGUGAUCAUGAUUCAUAUUGCAAUUGCUUCCAUUCUGGAUCUUUGAAUAAAAUCCUUAUUUUGCAUAUUUUCCCACUUCUGGAACAGUCAUGUGAUUCGACAUAUUACCUCACAAUGAUUAUAAAAUCCCCCUUUCCUCCCCA